AUGGCGACAAUAAGCGACCUGUUCCUGCCGAGACUUGUCCUGCUUCUUCCUUUCUUCUUUGAUUGUACUGGUUCUAUCCUAUCUACCUGCAACCAGCCCGAGCCGGGUGUUGAUGAUUUCAGACCAGAUCACGAAAUCGACAAAAUCGGAUCGUCAGCCGCACAAACCAACUGUUUAUUUGAGGUGACCGUGGACGAUAACAAAAUCAAGCUGGAGAAGAGAGAAGAGCACAAUCUGCAGAGGAGACGAAGUUCGGAGACAAGCGGGUUGACACUCGAACGGCGCAAGAAGGUGAACGGUUCCAUCACAAGGGCUGGAAGCUCACAACCCACUCAGCAAGGAGCUUCAGCUGAGAAAAGGCGUCCCGAGGAAGAUGUCUGUGUACCAUCAAAUUCCAAAGCGUGUGGCUGUCUGGCGCGUGAUCGUAUCAACCUCAAGAACGCAAGUUGCCGAGGGAAGGAGGCACAAUCGCAUGCACGUUUUGCACACCCAGACUUGGGAGACGCAUCUAGACGAGACUUGUUUCAUCUUCACGCGCAUCGGACAGCUGGAUUGAAGUGCCAACUCGCGCUUGCCCUCUUUCUGCGAGCGAAUCACACGGGCGAUGACCAGGACCUUUGCGAUGUCAAUCGCAUGGUCUGGGGUGGCAGGUCACACAACUGGCUUGUUGAGAAAGAACCAUUUAGCAAACUUCCAAAAGUUCAACACCUUGAUAUCAAGUGUCAUCCCACAAGUUUUGCCACUGCCGAGGCGAUGUUCUGGGACACCCGAGUUAGUGCGAAACAUCAUGGCGAUGAUACUUGA